CUCAAACACAACUCAAUGAAUUACUGGAGGAUUACGACGGCCACUAUGACUUCCUCAAGCUCUAUCUCGCACAAAUCAUAAAGAGAACCUCCUGCAAGAUAUCAUGCACGUGCGGUCAAAGUGCAUAUGCAGCGACCUUGGAGGUAUUCAAGACACUUUCAUCCUUCACCUGGGAGACCAAGGUGGUGCUUGCCCUAGCAGCUUUCUCUGUGACCUAUGGUAAGUUUUGGCUGGUUGCCCAGCCAUCUCCCACCAACUCACUCGCCAAAUCAAUUGCCAUCCUUGAGCAAUUACCAGACAUGUUGGCGGAUAAGGAGCCUUGGAAGCCAAAGUUUGAAGCGCCUAGCAACCUUAUCAAGACAAUUCUAAAGUGACCAAGUGCGUAGUUGAGUUCUGGGAGCUUCUAUCAGAAUACAUGACUGACGGGCGACGAAUGCCAACCGCGGCUGCUCAUAUUCCCACGGCUGUCUAUUGGACCAUCCAUGGUAUGGUGGUCUGCACAAAACGAACCAUGUGCCUUACAGACAUGGGCCAAGAGGAUAUAGACCAAACAAUGGAGGAUUGGUACCUAUCCAGCUUGGACCACAAGCUCAGCCAGAUGCAUGAUUACCUUAAAGAGCAACUAGCUGUUUGCCGUCAACACAUUCGUGAAAGGAGAGAGAUUGAGGCAUAUAAAAUGAUUGAGCACCUCCUCAAGACUCCCCAAAUUGAUAACAUGAAGAUUCUUGGGGCUUUGAUUUGCGCCAAGGCAGAGCAGCUGCCCCUAUUUGAUGGUUUAAACAAGACAAGGGCUAGACUCGACGUACUGUGGAAGAAGAAUGUGUUGCUAUUCAUUUCAGAGCUUGAAGUUCCCUACCAGGAGCUUUCCAUUCUGGAAAAGAUGUACCUAGAGUCAAGGCAGGAUCCAACCAAAGAAGAGAGCCAGUACGAGGUCGUGUGGCUUCCAGUGGUUGAUGGAUCCACCCCAUGGAAUGAAGAGAAGGACAGGCAUUUUGAGACUCAAAAAGCAUUGAUGACAUGGUUCUCUGUUUUUCACCCUUCACUGCUGGAAACAGCAGCCAUCAAGUACAUCAAGGAGGUGUGGGGCUUCAACAAGAGGCCGAUGCUAGUGGCAUUGGACCCAAUGGGAAGAGUCGUCAACCCUAACGCUAUCCACAUGAUUUACAUUUGGAACCCUACUGUUGCCUUCCCUUUCUCCAAGUCCAGGGAGGAAGGACUCUGGAAGGAAGUAACAUGGGGCAUUGAGCUACUGGCAGCCGCCAUCUACCCAAUGAUAGUCGACUGGAUCUCGGAAGGCAAAUACAUUUGCUUGUAUGGAGGAGACGAUAUAGAGUGGAUCCGGAGAUUCACUGACGUUGCAAAAGCUGUUGAAAGCGCUGCAGAUAUCAAGUUGGAAAUGCUCUAUGUGGGCAAGAGCAACCUUAGGGAGAAAGUUCGGAAGAACAAUGACAGCAUUGCCCAGGAAAACCUGAGCCAUGUACUGCCAGACCUAAAUUCAGCAUGGUUCUUCUGGGCCCGGCUAGAAAGCAUGUGGCACUCCAAGGUGCAGCAUGGGGAGAAUGCAGAGAGAGAUCCUAUAAUGCAGGAAAUCGUGUCAAUGCUUAGCUUUGACGGUGGGGAUCAUGGAUGGGCUGUGUUCGGCAGGGGGUGGGGGGAGAUGAGUCAGAUGACUAAAGCAAAGGGCGACACUAUUGUGGGAUGCUUGAGGGACUAUCACGUGUGGAAAAAUAACAUAGCAACCAAAGGCUUUGUGGGUGCCGUCAAUGACUACCUCCCCCAGCUUCACACCCCCCACCACUGCAACCGUCUCGUCCUGCCAGGAACCACCGGCAGGACCCCAGAUAGGGUAGCUUGCGCAGAGUGUGGCCGUCCUAUGGAGAAAUUUAUCAUGUAUCGCUGCUGCACUGAUUGAGGCAUUAUUAUUAUCAACCGGUUUUGAAACAUUCCUGACCAAUCACUACUAUCAGUUUGCCUAUGCUGCCAUUACUAUUCAUGUGUGAAAUCUAGAUUGUUUGUCUAUGAUGUAUUAUCAUUAGUCAUUACAACUAAAUAAAACAUUUAGUUGUCA